CAAGUAAACAUCAAAAAAAUUGUGAAUUUUUAUAUUUGACAAAAAAAGGUAAUUUAUUUAACAAUGAGUAUUUUAAAUCAGUGUAGAGUGUGUUUGGCUGAAAGGACAGAUCUGGAAUCAAUGUUUAAGGAUGACAAAAGAACAGUUUUGGAUAUAUAUUUGGUGACUGGAGUAAAAAUUGUUGAGAUAAAGAACCAGAAAGAAGCUUAUAUAUGUAAAAGAUGCAUUGCAGACUUGACUGUAGCAACAGAAUUUAGAAAAAGAUGUCGAACUUCAGAUGAAUUAUUAAAAGACGGCUUUAGUCAAGUCGAAAGAUGUUUUUGGGACAGUCAGGAAUUGAAUUUUGAUAGUUUAAAUGUAUUGGAUGCUAAAAUUAAAUGUGAAAAUGAAUUCAGACAAGUAAUUAAGGUUGAACCGCAGAUUGAAUUUCAUUCAGAGGACGAGGAAGAUUAUAACUGGAAGUUUGAUGACUAUGAAGAUCCAGUACAUAAUAAUACAAGCUGGAAUGAAAUGGCUUUAGAUGAAGAAACGCUGAGAAGUCUAACAUGUCCACAUUGUCAUAAAAAGCUUAAUACAAGGAGGUCAUUAAAGUAUCACAUACAAGUUAAGCAUGAGCCACAAUCUUCCAAGAAAUAUGAAUGUGAUAAUUGUGGGAAAGCAUUUCCAAAUAAGCAUCCAUUAAAAAGGCACAUUCAUCAAGCACAUUUGACUGUUUCCUCAAAAUAUGUCAAGAAGAGUGACUCCGACAUGACAUGCAUUUUAUGUAAAGUAGUUCUCAAGAACAGAAAAUCAUACAGGAAUCAUGUCAAGAAUAAGCACAAUAAGUGGCUGGAUGUUCUGUUUCCAAAAGUUGAUAAGAAAAUGCAACAAAUGAUGAAGACUGCAGUUCAAGGAGAAACUUCUGAGGAUCCAUCUUGUCCAUGUUCAAUUUGUGGAAAGAUAUUUAAGAAUAAACGAAAUUUGGCACAGCAUGAAAAAACGCACAGGAUCCUCCAGCCACACGAAUAUUUCUAUUGUGAUCUUUGCGGCAACAAGUUUAAAGAAAAGUUACUGAUGCAAAUUCACAUCAGAAAGAGACACAUCCAGAAAAUUCGCUAUCAAUGUGAAUUAUGUCCAUGCUCAUAUACAACAAAUCAUUCUCUCCAGAUUCAUAUUAAAGUUCGUCAUAAAAAUAUCCGAGAAUGGAUAUGUAAUUGGUGCGGAAAGGAUUUUGGCGAAAAGAAGAAACUUGUAGCACACGAAAGAAUCCAUACAGGCGAACAGCCUUACAUUUGUCAGUAUUGUGAUGCUAAAUUUACGCAUCAAACAGAUUAUCGCAGACACAAGUGGAAUCAUGAAGGCAGGAAGAGCUUCAAGUGUCAAAUGUGUGGCGAAGGCUUCGUUAAACGAAGUGAAUUAAUUUCCCACAAAAAUCGUUGUCUAGCAUGGAGAAGUCAACAGAUGAAUGUAUUUCCACAACAUCUACCCCCAAAUAUGCCAAUCAAUUAAGCUUAGCUAGCUUUCUGUCAAUGUUUUCAAUAUUCAAUGUUUUAAUACUUGUUGUUUCACAAAACAUUCAAACCUUUUAAAAUGUGUCCACGUGAAUAUGCUGUAUACGGAAGGAAGUUAAUAAUGAUAGGCUUGUGCUGUGGAAGGGAUUGUAUAAAUAAGAA